AUGGGCGUGGGGCUGCCCUCACCCCCACCAGGAGAGCAGUUCCUGGUGCAAAGCAGAAGGCUUAGGGAGGACAGGAGACUGCAGCAGCUGAGCUCUGGAAGCCAGAGCUGGAGGAGGGACCUGAGUGAGAGGAGGCUUGGGCAUCCGGAGCUGAAAGCUGAGCAGCAGACACCACCGGAGCCUGUGAGGGCACGAUUGAGCAUGGGGCUAGCUUGCUGCUGCUCCCGCACCACUGCAGAGGCGUCCUCUCUGGAACAUGGAGACAAGGUUUUUGGAUGGGGGUUCCGUCCCCUGGAAGAGAUUAAGAGACUACUGAAGAUCUCCAGGGCACUACAAGCCAGGUCUGGACCCUCCAGCCAGGAGAAGGCAAAAGAUCUUUCUGGAGAGCCUGGGCAGCCAGAGGGGCAAGGCCAAGAAACCUAUCCUGGCCCUGGGGAAGUGGAGGUUAAGGCAGAGCCAGCCAUGAGAAAGGAUGAUGUUUGCCCAGACAUGAAAUGUAAGUGAUGAGCGCUGAUUUAACCAGAAGUUCUCCUGCAAUUGCUUUAGGGGAUGAGACAGGGCACAGAGGCCAGUUUGUAACAACUAAGCCCUCAUCUCCCACAACAGAUAUCAGCGGAUGGUCUCUCAUGGAAGAAGCCAGGGCAGCUACACCCAAUGACUUAGCAAUGAGAAACACCAAACCAGACAGACACCACUGCUGCUGGGAAAGGGACCUGGGGAAAGGGGAAGGUCGUUCAGAGAGCAGAGGUAUUUCAUGUGAGCCUUUUAGGGCUUCUUGUCUCUUUAGACCAUGUGCACAUAUUACAUGUAUAAGCUAAGGCACCAAAUACAAACAAUGAAAUGCGAGUGCUGACUUUGAUAGACUCAUACAUCCCCAUUUGAGAAUAACGCUUCCCUGUGAGGGAGUCGCCAUUGGCCAGCUAGCAGGGGGGUGUUGGCCGACGUGGCCUGAGACAGUAGGCACAGAGGGUAUGGCCUUUGGUUUUGGAGAGCAGCAGGGGCCCAUGGUUUUGGUUUUGGUGAGGAGCAGUGUGUGGUGGGGCAGGGGACAGCAUGCCACUUACUCUGCUGAGUUUGAGUCAGAAAAGUUGUUCCUGAAGCAAAGCAGUGUGCCGGAGGUUCUGUUUGCUCCUGCAGACACCCCUCACCGCCCCCACCGCCAACCCUCCUCCACCUGCUUCGUGUCCCUGGAGACGACCUCCAGGACUUGUCAGCAGGACUCCAGCCUUGACCUCCACUCAGGUCCAACCCAUGGGAGGCACCAGCAGGAGACCAAAUGGGGUGGGAGCCCCAUAGGCACCCCAGGUGGGCAGAGGCUGUGACCUCCACCCAGGCUAUAGCCCUCAGGCAGCUCCUCCCCGAUGACAUGGGGUGCCAACAUCUCCUGCAACUCUCCUGGUGAGUGCACCCUCGGGAGUGGGCCGCCUGUCGCCUCCUACCAGACCUGACAAUGGGACCACGGGGGAAGAGCCCCCUGCUCUUGGAGUUUUAUUUCAGGAAGGCUUUGUGGCUCUGGGCGCUGCUGCUCUGCUCAUGUCAAGUGAUUCAGUGAGAGCUGAAGAGUGGCACUGGCUGCUGUUGUCCAGUUAGGAAAGCCAGGGAGGCCCUGUUACCAACCCUCUUGCCUGAGCAGCUGCCUCCAGGAGCCCUGCAGCUGACAGCCACGAGCUCCUUAUAUUUGAACUGUUUGACUCUUUAAAUCCCAUGAAAUAAUGCGACAACACACAGUGACAGACCAGCAGAGAGUAGCGCGUAGGGGAGACUUAUGAACAUUGAAGGGACAGAAGGGUGAGGCAGUUCCAGGGCCCAGUGUACUGUCAGCCACUAAGCAGGGCCCUGAACAUAGUUCGUCCUUCUAGUGGCCCCAGUUGACAGGGCCAAUGAGCUGCCAAGGAGCCUCCCUGGCCUCUGAGCCCGUGAAAUGAGUGCCGCCCUUUCUCCAGACUGCUUUCAAGACCCAGGCCUUGGCUGUGGAUGGUUUCCCCGACCGUCCCUGCCAGCCCAGCCCCUUCCAGGAGGCUCUGUGCUGCGUGAGGGGAGGCAGUGAGUGUGUGUGUCUGGCUUCUAUUCUCCCUUGCCCUCCCUUCUGACCCUUGUCGUCCACCCCAGCCACAUGUCCUUCCAGUCCUUGUCUGACAGUGUCCAAGAGCCCAUGUAGGCCACACACAGGUCUAUGAGAGCCAAACCAAGAGCCCAGCGCUGCAGGCUGCUCUCCUGCUCUCUGACCACCCCCGGCGCCCUCUGCAGGCCAGGAUGGGCUGCUCUGCUUCCUGUGUCAAGACUGUCCAAAUUCCUGCCUGGC